UAAUGUUUAGCAUGUUUUAAUACUUUAUUAAAUCUCCAAGCUUACUUUGGUGCAGAUCUGAGCAUAAAAUGCAAACCACAUUUGAAGGUUAAAGGACACUAUUUAUGCUUAAAUGUAUGUAUAUAUAUUUGCUUAUAUUGUUAAUUGCUUUUGUAAACAUGUUUUCUGUGCAUUAACUGUAAACUGUUCAACUAAACUGUAACUAUGAACUGUUUUUAUGUAUUCAAAGCAAACUUUGAUCCAAGGAAUGGACGUCAGGACAUUCAACUUCUCUCACCAGGAACUCUACUUGAUUGGAUUCACGGAUCUGCAAGAGUAUCGGCAAUACCUUUUCAUUCCUUUUCUUGUAAUCUUUGCUUUCACGUUGUUCGCAAACUCGAUUAUAAUGCUAGUGAUUGUAAAAGAAAGCAAGUUACAUGCACCCAUGUACAUUCUGAUCGGGUUUAUGGCAGCUCUUGGGUUUAUACAGCCAAUAUUUCUUGUUCCAAGAAUGUUAAUCAGUUUUCUGUUUGGUAGAAAUAUGAUUUACAAAGAUGAAUGUCUUGUUCAAACGUUUUGUCUGCAUAUGGCAGGUUGUUUCCAGACGUCAAUUUUAGUUUUGAUGGCAGUCGACAGAUUUUUUGCCAUUAUUUUUCCCUUACAGUACCAUGACUAUGUAAACGUUAAAACAUCAAUAAUAUUCUGUUUGUCCUUUUUUUUCCGUAACUUGCUUUGUGUUGCUUCGAUGGUCGGCCUGAUUGGGCCACUCUAUUUUUGUAAAUCAAAUGUGAUUUAUCAUUGUGUUUGUGAGCAUACAUCAGUUGUCAAUACAGCCUGUGGUGAUGUGAGCAAGAACCAUAUGGCUGGAACAAUCGCUUUCAUCAUAGUAUCAUGUGACUGUGCAGUUGUAAUCUGCUCUUACAUUGUUAUUUUUGUCAUUAUAUCUCGCUCUCCUUCUGGUGAGUCACGCCAAAAAGCCAUCUUGACAUGUAGCACACAUUUAAUGGUCAUAGCGUUGGCAUUUUUCUGUGUUCUUGUUGCAUUUGUUGGCUACAGGGUGCCUACCAUACCUAGAGAUAUCCGCGUGUUGAGCACCUUGUCAUACCAUCUUAUUCCGAACUGCUUUAACCCAGUAAUCUAUGGAAUUAGAACUAAGGAAAUCAGAGUUCAGGUUGUUAAAUAUUUAUCUAAUAAGGUUGAAUCAUAUUAA